AUGAACGGGACCAAAAAUUUGGCACGGGACGGAAAUCUGCAAUCAUUUAAUGACCAGGCAUGUUCCCCUUCUUUUGUCGGUGGAUUACAACAACAAUCAAUUAAUUUGUCAGUAGCCAACAUUCUCCUCUCCCUCACAGCAUUUCUUGGAAAUUCUGUCAUCCUUGUUGUCCUUCGUCCUGAGGAAUCUUCCCUUCAUCCUCCGUCCAAACUUUUGUAUCGUUGUCUGGCAACAACUGAUCUGUUGGUUGGCCUGGUAUGCCAGCCUCUCUAUGCUACUUAUUGGAUGUCCGUCUCUUACGAACACUGGAGCCUUUGUAGAUUUGCAUAUGACGCAUUCUCCGUAUCAGCCUAUGCAUUAUGUUCAGUGUCGUUGUUAACGAUGGCGGCCAUAAGCGUGGAUAGACUUCUCGCCUUGUUGUUGGGGCUGAGGUACAGAGUACUCGUAACUUUGAAACGUACUUAUAUUAUUUUAGCUACCUUUUGGGUGUUAUCUGGUUUCACUGCGAUAUGCUACCUUUUAGAUUACCGUAUAGCCACGUGGAAUAGCAUUUUAUUCAUACCAUCGUGCCUAUCUAUCUCACUGGUCUCGUACACAAAGAUUUUCCGCACGCUUAGUCAUCAUCAGGCUCAAGUACAAGAUCAUGCUCAACAGCAGCCGAACCAACCAAACGCAUUGAACAUAGCGCGGUACAGGAAGGCAGUGUACAGUGCCUUGUGGGUGCAGUUAGCAUUUGUUGUUUGUUAUGUACCAUUUACUAUAGUGGAAACUGUGAAUGCUUUAAGUAAAACAUAUUCAUCACACUUAGUCAUCAACUGGGGAAUAGCACUUUCCUUUCUCUAUUGUAACUCAACGUUAAACCCGUUUAUUUACUACUGGAGGAUUAGGGAAGUAAGGCGAGCAGUGAAGCAGAAAAUCAGACAAGCCCUUCACUUUUAGUGUUUUCAAAGCUGACUUACAAAGUCACGGUUGUCAGAUUGAAAUAAAGAGAGCCCGUAUUUGAAACAAGAAAUGGGAGGCUCAGUAAGCCGUCGUGCAAGCUGUUUUUGAUAUUCUUUAUGAAUUCCUCAUGGAAUCACUUACCAUCUGUUAAGAAGCGAAAGCACUUAUCCUAAAUACGAAAUACACAAUCGAGAAGGAAAACAUAACGGUUUGCAUGCAUGGUCAAGAAGCAAUCGAGAUGUGAGUUACAUUUUACUUCCCUGUCUAACUUACUUUUCAAAAUCUCUCGUUUUUCCAAAAUUUAACGUAACUUUUUAAUUCUUUGUGUGUCCUGGAUGAUUAAUUACUUUUCAACUUUUAGUGGGAUAAGUUUCUGCAGAAACUGUGAUGCUGCGUCAGUGAAGGGUAUUACAAGACAAUUUGGUUUUAUCGACUGAGUUGAUAAUGUAAAUAAGCCACCAUAAAGGGCUCACUUUUCAAGUCUAAGCCUUUUGUCAGAGCGAGCCAAAUUCUCUUAACUUAAAGGGUACAGGUAACAAUGGAUUCAUGCGUUCAUUAAAAUCUGAAGCACGCGGGAAGUUUUGAGAGCUUGAAAGAUAAGUAAGAGUCACUAAAGACGUAGCCGAGAGCAACAAGAGGUUCCUAAAUAAUAAAUUUUGUUUAAAAGGCGUAACUUUCAUUCUAUUACAAGGACUAUCGCUCAAGGGAAACGCAAUAAGAAUAAAUCAUUCACUUGCCGAAUGCAUGAAAGCUUCCGUGAUUCGACAAUAUUUUUCAUGUCUUUUUGCUCAAAAGAUGUUUGAAAAAAAAGAAAUUGUAUCUAGGGUUUAAUAGGCUAACUUUAGCAUGUUAUCCAUAAAAGCCACUAUGAAUCUGAAACGGAAAUAAAGGAGCUACAAAACGUAAUUGAUUACACAAACAUCUUAAAAUAAGUUUGCUCCUGUGGCCAUACAUUAAUUUUGAAUAUUUGUAUAGCGAACUCAGAAAAUGUCAUAAUUAAAUUUUUCCCAAGCUAAAUGACAUCACUAGUAUGAGUCAUUACACUGUAAAAAAAAUCAUAUUAAAGGUGUCUUUCUAUUUACCUCUUACUGUUGUUUCAUACUUUACUGUUAUUUCAUACCUCUGACAAGUUGAAGGAAAACCAACCUUGAGUAAUUUCAAGAAAAAUAUUUGAAAACAGGGCCUUGAGGUGCUUGCCAACUAGGUUUAGUUUUAGCUACUCAUAAAUGCAUCUGCUAGACUCUAAUUCUCACAUUUUCGUAUCCCAUAGAUUUUUAAUAUAGCUAGAGUUAUAAAAGAUAUAAACAUGCUCACGUAUUCUCUUUUCGAAUUACACUUGCAUAUAUAGGUCUGUUUUUUAAUUAUAUACUGUCUCCUCGAUUAAGCGUAAAGCAUUACGCUUGGCUAUAGAUUUGAGACUCGAAUAAGGCUUUUACUAUGAUUAUUAUUAAUCGAUCGAGCAUAAAAGGAGAAAACUUGCCGUUUUCUGAAGUGAAGAUUUUAAAUGAAAUUUUAUUCAGAACAAUCGUAUUUCUUGAAAACAAGAGACUCGUUUGUGCUAGAAAAUAUUCCCCAUCAUUUCGUAUCUACUUAACAGUUCUAUCGUUUUUCCUCAUGGUUAUUUGUAACUGUACGUAACUGUAGAAUUUUUUUGUCUUGACUGUAUCUGCUAAGCCACGAUCAAGGAAACCUCACUUUCUCAAUAACAAUAUAAAAACUUCCACAGUAACACUGUCUCAUUUCAAAUGCGAAUACAAAAAGCACACUCUGUCACAAUAGGAGCCAAGGAACUCCCAGCCUUCUCUUUUGUAAAUAUGCGUGCAUAUUUACAAAAGUUUUUAGUCGCUUAACUAAAGUAACAUAGAAGAAAAAAAUAAGAUCAGUUCCGUAUACAUGACAGCUGGCUUGAUACGAAAACCAACUCGUAUCUUAGAAUCAAUGACAUUGAAAAAAAGGAGGAAAACAGUUUCCAUUAGACUAACUUUUUCUUGUAAUUAUAAGAGGUAAUUUAUAAUGGUACUAGGACCGAGUGGACUCCAAUUUAAGAAUGAUUAGUGAAAAAUAAAACAGCUAAUGCACCAAUCGCGUUUGAGAAAAUUGUAGUGGUUAUGAUUACUAUGAAUACCCUGGCUUUAGGGAAGAUGGCAUGUAUAGACUAAAAAAUAAAAGAAAAUAAGCGUAGGAAACCACGACGCGAAGCGGAGUGGUUUCCAGCUUAUCGAGUGUUCUCCCAACCUCCCAAGUGUUUACAUCAGGCUAUGUAAACACGGCAACCAUUUUGCAUUUCUUCAAUAUUAAACAGUUUUAUGUAACUGGAGAUUGCCACGAAUUCAAGUUUUUCUUGAAGCGAUUUACGUAACUAGCUUGAGCUGAGAAGGCUUUCAGUCUCAUAUUCACACGAAUGAUAUAUUUAAUCACCCGCUCUACAAAUUAAAGUUCAUUUGGUUAAGGAGGGAUCAUUUGUAGCGCCACUGAAAAAGUAAUUAUACAUAUGUUUUGAAUUGCUUUCCUCUUAGUAUUGGUGAUUCAUUCAAAUGGAAAGCACGAAUGAAAAAAAGCCGAAUUCAGUCCAAUGCAGUAUUUGACAGCACAAACAAUUUGUCAGUUUGCGCAUGAGGUCUUAAUGUGAUGAUUCUUGCGAAUCUAAGGUUUAACAGAUCUUGUCUGUACGGAAGCUCUAAGAGGGAGAUUUUUCGUUAAAUCUCACUGCAAUCGUAAAUAAAGUACAUGUGAAAGGACACGACUGCAAAACGAUGGCGACAAGAAAUUUAACAGAAGGUAGAGCACAAACGAAAACGUCUGAAGAAAUAGGAUGCUCUCCCUCUUCGGAAGGUGGAUUACAACAACAAUCAAUAUAUUUCUCAGCAGUCAACAUUCUUCUUUCCAUCACAGCACUUCUUGGGAAUUCUCUCAUCCUUGUUGCCCUUCGAAAGGUAUCUUCCCUUCAUCCGACGUCCAAACUCUUGUAUCGUUGUUUGGCAACAACUGAUCUGUUGGUUGGUCUUGUUAGCCAGCCUCUCUAUGCAACGUAUUGGAUGUCCAUAGUUUACGAACACUGGAACCUCUGUCCAUAUAUAAGGGAUGCUGCUUUCAUAACAAGCUACGGCUUAUGUGGGGUGUCUUUGUCGACUGUAACGGCUAUAAGCGUGGACAGGCUUCUCGUGCUGUUGUUGGGGCUAAAAUACCAACAAACUGUCACUUUGAAGCGCACACGUAUCGUUUUAGCUACCUUUUGG